UGUUGUUGUUCUUUCUGCUUGGCGGAGGGAGUGGGGCUGUGCUGACGGCUGGGAGGACGAGAGGAGCGAGAAGAAAGACUUGGGAAGAGAUCAACGAGAAAGGGAAAAGGCCGUGGAUUCCACCGUCCGUCGGGUUAGAUAUCAACCACCUACAGAUUGCAACACCGCCUGACCAGUCACUAAACCGGGGGUGAAAUGUCGUCGUCUACCAGUCGUCAGCUUAGCGAUAGCAGGGCCAUUCCGACCAGGACAGUGUUGAUCAACGAUACAACGCAGCUACCUCAUGACUAUUGCACCACCCCUGGGGGCACUUUAUUUUCGACCACUCCGGGAGGGACCCGGAUCAUCUACGACCGUAAGUUCCUGUUGGACAGGCGUAACUCCCCCAUUGCCCAGACCCCUCCGGCCCACCUGCCCAUCAUCCCUGGGGUGACCAGCCUCAACGUCCUGACCGAGAACGGGAGGAACGAGGCCAACAAACCCAUCAAACCCCACAACAGCCAUGGCAAGACAGCCACCGGUGAGGACGCUCAGUUCGAGAUGGACAUCUAACCUCCCCUGAGGAACCUCAACGGAACAACAGAAGAAGGAACUAACCUGGGACCUGUGCUGUGCGCCAGUGGCUUGGCUUGUAGAAACCAAUGUUGUAAGCCCUCACUUCACUCACGGCAGCCAUCUUCUUUAGCUCUCUGUCUCGCCGUCGCUGGGUGUGAUAUAUGUAAACCAUAUGGAUAAACUAUACCAUAUACGGUGGCUCUGUUUCAAUUUCCAUGCUAGGAUACCACUUAGAAUGAAGCAAUGUAUUUGACAUGUAUCCCCCUAAGUGGUAUAGUAGUGGGAUAUUGGAAUGUAGUCUACAUGUGUUGUAGCCAACUCUUCUAUCGUUGUCAAGCCACAACCAAACAACACAGAGAGGCGUUGGCUACAGUACAAACUGACUGGGCUACCAGGUUAUGGCCAACCCUGAGACGUAGUGGAAGACUCUGCUGCUCUAUUCGAAUAGGUCUCAGGGUUACAACUGCCAUAUUUGUAUGUACUUCAGCCACAUAACAAGAGAAAGGGCCUGAAACCAAGAUAACCAGAGAUGUUCUUACCCAUUAACGGAAUGUAGACGCCCAAGUCAAUGCAGUAAUCUAAGCUGACCAUUCUGUAUGGCUGUACUACCAGAGCACACUGUAAACAAAGCCUUCUUUACCACUUUAGACUAUUGAUAAUGGGGCCCAAGAAAAUGUGCAACAUUUACUACUUGUACUACUUUGUAGAGCAAAGUACUGGCAUUAGAAUCGGCAGUCAAAAGGAUUGAUAUUACUUAUCCUUUUCAGAACUUUUGUUGUGCAACACAAAUAGUUUGGUUUACAUUUAAAUUUAAAUAGUUUAUGACUGAAUAUGCUCCAAGAUCUCUUACCUGCCUGUUUUGUAGUCCGUUAGGUUACCAACAAGUAAAUUAAUAUGGACGAUGUGACUGAGAUUUUUUUCUUCAGAUAAGCUGAGAAUUUCAUGGUCAUUCCAAGCCUUGAAUAUCUAUCCAUCACCAAUACAAGCCUGACUUUAUGUUGUGUUUUGGGACUUUCUGGUAAAGGAUUUUAUGAAGAUUUGGCUUUUGGUUUGUGGUGAUGAUUUGAUAGAUUUGCAAAUGGAAGGACCAAAUUAAUUGAUACAUUACUUAAGACUAUAGUUCGUUUUAAACAGUCUGAUAUUUGCUACAUUUGAAUUAACUACAUAAACGGUUGAAGAACACUGAGAUUUAUUAGAAAAUUAGACAGGAAAAAGUUUGAAAACUUGAAUCGUUUCCAACAAUUGUUCUAUGCAUUUUAUUACAUCUUGAUAUUGAACUUUUUUCAGUGUCAAAAACCAGAUGGAUAUGAAAGGAAGAGCUGAGACCAUUUUUUCAUCAGACGUUGAUACUGUAUUACAGACAGUCCUCGUUUAGGUAAUAGACUACACUUCUACCAUCUUUCUUACCUUAAUCUCUUCUUCUUUCACUAUACUGUGCUAAAUGUCUACCCCAUGCCUUACACAUUACAUACCAAGAUAAAAGGUUGUGACUAAAAUUGAGUUCCUUGUCUACUGAUUCAAAUGACCCUCAACCAGAAAAUAGUUUUAUUUUAAACAUACUUUUAUGUUUGUAUUUAGCACUUGGGAAAAAUAUUUAUUUAGCACUUGGGAAAAAAAUAUAUUUCUUUAAUUAUUUUUUUAAAGACAGUUUUAUUUUGUUAUUCAGAUGAUUUUAUUCUUUCAGCAGCUAAGAAUAUGUUUUUUUUUAAAAGGGGUGGCUUUGAAUCAUGGUCAUUAUUGUUUUUGGAUGAUUGUACAUAACAGCUAAUAACUGUCAGCAAUUAAACCACCUUUUCAUUCCAUCUAUGGGGCAUCUCUUAUUCAGAUUAUAAAAUAAAAAAUAAAAUGAUUAUAUAUUAAAUGUAAUUAUUGGAUUUGAUUGAAGGAGAGAAACAGUGUGUGUCAAAGAACUGAAUUGUUUGACUUCAUGAGAAAUUAUGAAAUCUCAGUCUAUUAAUGUGGAAAAUGAUUAUAGUGCUAAACAUGCGGAGAGAUUGUAUCCAUUUUGAAUUGCACAUGUUUCUGUUGGAUUAGGAUUGUAUCUUUUUGUUUUGAAGUAGGCCUGCAGCAAAUGUUUUAUGGGGAAACCAGUUUGAGGCCAGUUUGGUUCUACGUGGAGGGCUUUUACACAACAAACCUAACUUCUGUUCCGAUUUGAAUUAACUUUAUUUUCAGAGAAAUGCCAAUGCACACUGUUACAGCAAGAUCAAUAAAGUUCCUUGAGGAUUA